AUGACUAUCGUGAACAUACGCCGCGACGUGGAAGAUAAGUUUUACCGCUAUCGCAUGCCUCUUUUGGAAACGAAAAUCGAAGGACGCGGCAAUGGUAUCAAAACUGUGGUACCCAACAUGUCUGAAAUUUCUCGUGCCUUGAGCCGUCCUCCUGCCUACCCCACAAAAUUCUUUGGGUGCGAGCUCGGCGCGCAGACUGUCAUUGAUGAGAAGAACGACCGCUACAUUGUGAAUGGCGCACACGACGCCAACCGAUUGCGUGAGCUUUUAGACGGAUUCAUCGACAAGUUUGUGCUUUGUGGCGAAUGCAAAAACCCCGAGACUGACUUAAAAAUUCGCAACGGCGACAUUCUCCGCGACUGCAAGGCGUGCGGUAAGCGCACCUAUGUGGAUAUGCGCCACAAACUCACCACGUACAUUAGCAAGAACCCUCCUCCGAAGCGCGUCAAAGGCGCAAAAGGUGCGGGUGCAGCCUCAGGUCAAACUGUCUCCACCGGAGACGACGACGAAAACGGCGGCAGCGACGACGAGCUCACCCGCCGCAUCCACUCUGAAGCCGCACAUAUUCCCACGGCCGAGCAGCGCGGCGCGGACAAGGACGACGAUUGGUCCGUGGAUACCUCAGAGGCUGCUGUAGCGCAGCGCGUCAAGGCGCUCGAGGGAACGCUGAAUAAUGUGCUGGGCCUGGAUGACGACGAGGAUGACGACGAGUCGAGUCCGUAUUCGCAGCUCUGCUCGUGGAUCCUGGAGGAGCGCCAGGACGGAAAGCUGCCGAGUGCUGCGGACGUGUACCGCAAAGUGCAAGAGCUUGGUAUUGAAAAGAAGCACAAGACGCUUCAGGCGCUUUUCCAGGCGCUGUUUGACGAGAGUGCGCCGCAGCAAGUCGAGCAGUACGGCCCGCUUCUGAUCAAGCUGGUCACCUCGGAGAAGCACCAAAAGGCGAUGCUGGGCGGUAUAGAGAGACUUGCUGGCGUGCAGUACCCAGCGCUCGUCCCGAACGGCGUGCCGAAAAUUCUCAUGGCAUUGUAUCAAAUUGAUGUGCUGGACGAAGAGGUGGUGCGCCAAUGGGGCACGCAUGUCUCGAAGAAAUAUGUGGAUAAAGACACGUCGAAACGCGUUCGCAAGGCCGCAUCGCCGUUUAUUGAAUGGCUCGACCAGGCGGAUGACGAGAGUGACGAGACGGAAAACACCGAUGCAGGCCCCGAGGCAGGGGACAGCGAUUUAGACGACCUCUAA